UAGGAAGAGAAGUACAGGGCGGCUUGCGAAGGGACAAGACGUUCCUGGGGCAAGCCGUGACAACACACUGAGAGCGAUGCGCAGGAACUGAGGUGCCAACUCGGCUUUAUUGAAUAACUGAAUUCGCAUCGCUACCUCUUACAAGGAACACAUAAAAUACUAUCCUACAACAAUGAAAUGGGCUGGCUCCAGUAACAUAUAAUGGAUAUACUAGAUAUAUCCAUUAUAUGUUAUAAAGUCAUAUUAAUAUGAUAAAAAUGGGACCAGGAGCUAGAAGCCUACCAGACAAGGGAGAACUCACGUUGUGUAGGAACCAGCGGCUGGCAGAUCUUCCUUCGCCUACACCCUACCGUGUUACAGGUACUCAUCCCAUAGAUGUAGCUGCACAUAUCAAGCUACUUGGAGAAUCCCUCAACAACAUUGGACAGAAGCUGAAGGAGCAUGAAGGCCAAAUAGCAGUGUCUGGCAGUCUCUCAGUGUUGUUGGACUCCAUGCUGUGUGUUUUGGGCCCACUGACCUGCCUGGCUGAUCAUGUCGCUCAUCUAAAAGGAUCAGUCAGCCAAUCAACACUCACCCAGACACUUGAUAAUAUUGCAUACAUUAUGCCUGGAAUUGUGUAAGAAAAAGCAGACAUAGCUAUGCAGGCACAGGUAGAAUGACAAUUAUAUUUUGAAUAAGGAAUGUUAAAUAAUAAACAGUAGUAUUACUAUGCUGAUAAUAAUUAUUGUAAUAUAAUGACAGAACUUGAAAAUUAAUAUUCAAAGCUUUUAUGAAUUGCAACAGAGGUUUCUUGAGUCUUCACAAGUUUCUUCCAACUAACAUUAUUUUUUUCAUUGUCAAGCAUAUUGUGUUUUGAAUUCAAAUUGCCCAAUUCAAUUUUUUAUUUUUUUACUAUCAAUCAGAAUUUCAUUAUAAAUGUUAUUUGUAGAGCAUUGCAUAUUGGCAUAUAUAUUUCUUUUUUUUUCUUUUCUUCGUUUGGUAUUCUAGCUUUUCCUCAAAGUUCCAAUUUGUGUAUUUGUUACAAAAACUUUUAUCAAAAAUCUAUUGUGUAACCUUUCCCUUAAGUAAAGAAUUGUCAACAUAUUUUAAUUUCUUUGAGGUCAACUGAGGUGCUCCUUGCAGAAAUAAUCUAUGUAACAAGUGACAAAAAAAUAAGGAAAUGGAUUGAAGUUUGAAGAGUUACAGCCUCAAACAAUGGAAGAGAAGGUUAUCAGUUAUGCUACAACCACACCACAUUCCUGUUCAUAUACACUGAUUGUAUUCUAACUUUACUUCAACCUCAGUCCCUCUCUGUGGGUCCCUUUAGAUGCCAGAAAACAGUUCUCUCUAUACUUCAGUCAACUUCCCUAAGGCUUCACAUUACAACUUACUAUUGGGUAGAAAGUGUGCUAGUCCAGGCUACUUGCAAGGCCACCUUCAGUGAAAGCCUUGACUGCAGAGGAAAUAUGUAAACUCUAAACUUAUCCUAAAUCCUAACAGCUGCAAAGAACUUACAAACACAUGACAGAGAGAAAAUGCAAAACUGGUUCUAGAAUAUUACAAGAUUCAGAUCUUAGCUUAAAUAGUUUUUCAAAUUUGUCAUAAGACCAACCUUGAAAAGAGAUGCUGAAUGAACACACAUCAACACUAACAAUGAUGAAUUCUCUGGCCACAAAAACAAGUAAGAAAUUACAAGGCCAGUCACUUAAAAGAAAAGAAAUCUCUAGACAAGAAAGUCAACUUUACUCAAGCACAAAAAUAAUGCAAAACAAAUAUAGGAUACAGGACAGAUGAAAAGAAAACUGAGUGGUUGUCAUCUCUAUUUCAGAGACCCAAAAGUGGUAUUUUAGUGCUAUGUAGAUGGCUUAGUAAAAAAUAUUUCUUUAAGGUAUAGUACACAUCUUGGUAUUAUAGACCUCCCUUUAAGGGAUUUCAGAAGCAUCAGGCAAAAUGUAGAGCAGCCAACUCAAAUUGAAAGUCUUGUGCUCAGGAGUAAUCCUGAGCCACACCUGUAGCAUAAAGAUCAACAUCAAGCAACACUGGAUAUGAGCCACUACUUUGACAAUUUACUGCUAGUUAGCAGGUGGUCACUUUGUUAGUAUCUUAGUUCAUUCCAUGAUUUUCACUGAGAGGAAAGAUGAUACACUCCCUAUUGGUAGCUCCACCUCAUCUUCCUUUGGAACUGAAUUACUGUCUUGUGGACUUGCUCUUAUGCAUUUGUAUUUCCUUCCUAUAUAUUCUUUGGUAGCUCCACCCUUUCUUCCUUUGGAACUGAAUUACCGUCUUAUGGACUUGCUCUUAUGCAUUUGCAUUUCCUGCCCAUAUAGUUUCAUAGACAUUUCUGUAAUGCUUUUAUUCUAAACAAUUAACUGCAUAGAAAAUAAACAUACUAAUGCCACAAAAACUAUACAUACUAAAACAACUCUUGCAAGUGUUAACUCAAUUGUGGCAAAGUUCUACAUUAGACAGUUCUGCAAGAAGCAUGUUAAAUUUGGGGAAAAUGGUAAAUACAAAAUGAAUGAAUAUUUUUCUAAGAAUAGAUGGAGGCUUAAAGCCAAGGAAAGACUUCUUUAUCUCUUAUUCACCAUGUACAAUUAAAUAAAUCAUAAUCUACCUAUUAAAAA